UCAUAUAAUGCAAAAUUGCCUGUAGUUUGCUGCAACUCUGUACUUUUUAAUUUAAAUUAAAGAAUUAUGAAUUAUUGUAAAAUCCUUAAUACCAUAAAAAGUAAACCGUUAGUUCCCCGCUUUCAGUCAUACAGUUUUGCUUGCAAUAAAGUGCUAGACAGAAGAAGAUAUGAGCGUUCUAGUGGUGCUAAAAAAUAUUUGUUUGAUAAAACAAUACUAUUUCCGAUUGGUAACCACGAAAGGAGUAUAUCGAUAGACGGAAUUGUGAAAUGGCAAGAGCAAACGUACAACAGUAUAGCUAAUAGCAGUCUAGUGAAUUGCAUGCAAGACGGAUUGUUGUAUUUCCAUGAAACUACUGGCCUUACUUGGUCGGUAACAAUUAUCACAUCUACAAUACUGAUUCGCGCACUUAUGACUUUGCCCCUCACAAUUUACCAGAACUACAUUUUAGCUAAAGUUGAAAACAUUGGAUUAGAGUUGAAAGACAUGGUGAAUGAGCUGAAAAAGGAGACAGCUGUAGCUAGGAAGAUGUAUAAUCUAAGUGACAAGCAAACUGUACUAAUAUUUAAAAGGUCACUCAAAAAGCAGUGGAGAAAUCUUAUUGAGAGAGAUAAUUGUCAUCCAUUGAAAGCAACAAUAGUGAUAUGGUUUCAAAUACCAAUUUGGGUGUGCAUAUCAUUUGCGAUCAGAAAUCUAGUUAACAUGCAAAGAUCUGAUCCAUCUGCACUGGUUACAUUAAUGGAAUUACAAGUUGGUGGGUUUGGUUGGAUUCCAAACUUGACAGAGCCUGAUCAUUCUCUUAUACUCCCAGUAAUGUUUGGUUUGACUAAUCUGGCCAUUAUUGAAAUACAAAGAAUGUCUAAAUUGCGAGAGCCAUCGAGAAUGUAUAACAUAUUCACUAAUGGUUUUAGGGUUUUCUCCAUAGUCAUGAUACCAGUUGCAGCAAGUGUACCAUCAUGUAUGUGUCUGUAUUGGACAACAUCAAGUCUAUUUGGCCUAGUUCAGAACUUGUGUUUGUUAUCACCUUCCUUAAGAAGAAAGUUAAAAAUACCAGAAUGUCCAAGUGAAAUUGAAAAUCCUUAUAGUCAUAUGAAAGAAGAAAUAACUCAUAGAAUAAGAAAAGUUUUACCUUAGUAAUAAAAUACAGUGGACCCCCGGUAGUCCGGCCCCUGUCUAAUCCGGCGCCCCCUGUAAUCCGACAUGGUCAAUUAUUUAUUAUUGAAUACAUAUUUGCUAAGCAUGAUUGAACAAGUUACAACUUGUACGCACCAUCACUAUUGUGGUUGGAUUACAAGGUACUCUUUUGGAAAAAAAUCUGGACUAUAGGGGUUCUUAGGCAGUACUCUAUAAUCCGACGAAUUAGAUAGUUCGAAACUGCCCUGCAAAAUGUUUGUCGGACUACUGGGGGUCCACUAUAGUUAAUCUGGUUUUAAGUUAAUAUUUUAUAUAUUACAGACUCCAAUUAUAGCUUCAAUUUAUUCAUCUGGCCGUGAUGAGCAAAACUUUAGUA